CGGUCGUCUCGGGCGCACCAGAGCCGCCAACACACCAUCACCAUUUCAUCGGAUCGCCUGGCGACCACAAGGAUACGGGGGUACUUGUACAACGGUGCUUUUACCUUCUCUUGCCGGAGCACAAGCGGCAACAAUGGCAACCCCAGAGAGGACCCAAACACGCGGCUGUGCUGGAAGAGGGGGAAACGGCAACGAUUGCAAAGAAUUCACCACCAUCGCCAGCGGUGUUCGACCCUGUCGGCCACGGUAGAACGAAACGGCUCGGACGCUACGGUGGCCCCCAUCAACACGACAAGCCACGGCCCGAUCUACCAAGCUGCCAACCACAGCCAAACCAACGGCAGCGGCGAUUCCCGUGCCAGGGCACGCAACAAUGCUGGUGCCAGCACCGGCGGGGGCACGGUGGCGGUGCGCGACGCCGCUCCCGCGGGGGCCGGCGUCGUUCCCAGGCACGUCGGUUUUAUCUGCGACGGCAACGGCCGCUGGGCCUCCCAGCGAAACCUCCCGCGGGCCGCCGGUCACGCCGAGGGCGCCCGCCGCCUCGUCGACCUGAUCCAAUCGCUCGUCGACGAGCGCAAGCAGCAGCGGUCGAGCAACAGUAACACCAACGCCAACAACGCCAUUGCUGCGGGAGGCACCGAGAGUCCCCGUGCCCUGGUCGAGUGCCUGACCUUUUACGCCUUUUCGACCGAAAACUGGAACCGGUCCCCGCACGAAAUCUCCAAGAUCUUCGAGGCCAUCGAGGUCCUCGCGAGGACCUUUUUGGUGGGCAGGCGGUCCCUCCUCGCCGAGGUGGAGAUCAGGGUCCUCGGGAACCUGGACGAUCCCCGCGUUCCGCCGGGCCUCCGCCGUGUCCUCCGCGAGCUGGAGGCGGCCACGGUCGGCGACACCGGAGGCGGAUCCGGCGGUGGCACCACCGGCGGGACCCCGCGCCUCGUUGUCUGCCUGGCCGUCAACUACGGCGGCCGCCGCGACAUCCUUUCCGCCUGCCGGUCCAUCGCCACGGACGCGAGGGACGGCCUCCUCGACCCCUCGGAGAUCACCGAGUCGACCCUCUCGGAACGCCUCGGGACCGGGAGCCGCUGCGACCCCGACCUCGUCGUCCGGACGGGCGGGGAGCACCGGCUCUCCAACUUUUUGCUGUGGGAGGCGGCCUACGCGGAGCUCUUCGUGGUGGACACCCUGUGGCCGGACUUUUCGUUCGAGGACGGGUGGAAGGAAUCCCUGGCCUGGUACGCGGGCCGGAAGCGGAAUUUCGGGGGCCGGGACGAACGUCCGGACCAGUGAGCGACGAACGAACGAACGCCGAACGACGAAUAUUCCGAUGCCAGGUGGUUCAGAAACGAACCGGAGAGCAACGAGAGCAUGCCGACACCCACUCACAACAACAU